AUGAAUUAUCAACGAAUUCGAGUUGGCGAUCAAACUCGAAAACUUCAAACACAUCAAAUUGAAGGUCAACAAUGGAUUUAUUUUGCGGAUAUUAAAGAAGUAUUUCAAAUUCAAACAAAUAAUUUUACAUUACACAUCGAUGAUGUUUAUUUGUCACCGAUUCGGGAUGAACAAGGUCAACCAAAACGGAUCCAAGCUCAUUUGCACGACAUCAUCGAUAUUGAUCUAUCAUCAUCGACCACUACUGCUGUUCUACCUCCUUCUAAUUUAAUCGAUCGAGAAUUUAUGGAACAACGAUUUGCAGCCUUAGAAGGACUUGGUAAACAAACGUAUGAAAAUACAGUUGUCAUAAUACGAAAAAUUGAACAGUUACUAACACAAACAUAUGAAUUGGCCGAAUAUAACAUUCCAAGAUUAUUCAUCGUUUUACCCGAUCAACGAUUUAAGUUUAAACCGAUCAAUUCUCUAUCCGAAUUAGUUCAAAUUCAAUAUAGGCUCUAUUUUCUGUGUGAAUGUUCAACAAAUGAAGGUGAUCUUCAUCUUGCUUUUCAUAAUGGAUACGUUAUUCGACAACCGACGGAGUUCUUUUCGCUCUAUGCACCAUAUUUGAGAACAAUGAUUCGUGUUGUUAAAGGCGCCAUAAUGGUUGCCGGUUUUGCUUUGCCACAAAUAUCAGGAUUAACAAACACAAUUCAAGUACCUGACAUAUUGAAAGGAAAGACAGCUUUCGAAUUUAUAACGCAAGGACUAGAUCAAAUUGAUCAAACAUUGAAUUCAAUUAAAGAUACAACGAGUGCUGAAUUGAUGAAAGGUUUCACAUCGUCUUCGUCCUCGUUAUAUUGUUUAGAAGGUGCUGAGUUACGACAGUUGGAAUAUUAUUUAGAAAUAUCAGACAAACAACGUAGUUAUGGCAAUUUAUAUCGUGUCACAACAUCCGAUCAAGGACACGUGAGAUGGGUUUGUAUUCAACAUUAUAAAAAAAAUUAUUUUGAUAAACAAAUCGAAAAAUUUGUAACUGAAAUUGAAAGUAUUGGUGGGAGCUAUGAUCAAAAAACGAGUUUAGUCUCGUUUCGUGAUAUGGAUUUAUCAAGUAAAAUGGUUAAACGAGUGUGUGAGAUGUUAUCGAGCGGUUUCAAUAUUUAUCGACUUGUCGUACCUUGUAAUAAAAUAUCCGAGCGUGAUCUCGAUAAAUUAGUUAAUAUAGUCGUCAAUGGUUCAUCUGUUCGUUCUCUAUAUUUACAUCCGUGGCUUGUUAAUAUCUUUGGUAGAGUGAAAUAUGGGUAUACGAACAAAAGAUUGACUGCGUUAUUAUUUAAUAGUAAACUAACUGAAAUGGAUUUAGGCUCACGGAUGAAUGAUGACGAUUUAAAAAUAAUAGCAUCAUUAUUGGAAAAAAAUACAACUUUAUUAAAAUUAAAAUUCAGUGGUCUGGGUGCAUCGAAUGCAAACAGUUGGCGCGCAUUUUUUAAAUCAUUAGGUAUGAAUAAAUAUUUAGAAAACAUUUCUAUUGAAUAUGUACAUCCAGAUUUAUCAUAUGAAGAUGCAGGUUCAAUAGCAGAAAUGUUUCGAAUAAAUAACACAUGGAAAACAUUCACGAUUGUCCAUUUUGGCGUCACAUCCCAAGGUUUAAGUAAAAUAUUCGAAGAAAUAAAAACAAAUUCAACAUUAAGUGAAUUAUACUUACAACCACGAAGGGUAGAAGAUGAAUCAAUUUUGCCACUAUGUUCAAUGCUCAGUGAAAAUAAAACAUUAAAAAGAAUUGCCUUGACAUGUGAGCAUAAUGUAUCAUCUUCAUUUAGCGUUAAUAUGUUACUCGAAAUACUAACAAUAAAUCAGACAUUAAUCGAUAUUCAUCUCGGAUCUAUCAAUAUACCAAACGAAUGUUCAUCAAAUUUAUAUAAUUUAUUGAAACAAAAUGAGACAUUGACAUCUCUUAAAUUAGGUGGUGACAUAUCUGACGUGUCUUUGGAUGCAAUGAAAACUGGUCUGUUAGAAAAUAAAACAUUAAGGACACUUCAUUUCGAUUUUGAUAUGAAAAGUUCAAACGAAGCCGUGUUAUCCUUAUUAAGCUCAUUGAAGACAAAUCAAAGUUUAAUAGAACUACAUAUACGUUAUCCUGCCCGUCAUAAAGCAAUCAUCAAGCAAGCAAUUGAUGAAGUGAAAGCUGCUAAUAUAAAAUUAGAUAUAAAACUUAUAGUAAAAUAUUUUCAACCGUAUUGGUUAGGACCAUAUCAUUGUUAUGUAUUUAAUAAAGCAGAACAUGCAAAAUAUAUAUUUUCACAACGACAUAUUUAUGAUUUUUCAAAUAUGUUUGAAAAUAAUUUUGGACUAUUAUUUCCAAAUGGAUUAAUUGCAUUAAGAGGAUUGUCUCGUGCCGAAUUAUUAGAUGAAAUGUUAUUAUUUAUUAAUGCUAGUCGUGCAACAUCUUUUCCUGUGUCUUGGUUUGUUUACUACAUGAGAGUCCAUCCACAUAUUCAGGCUAUAAUGAAGCAGGAAUUAAAUGAUCAUCAUAUAACACGUGAAACAUGUCUGACAAUGGAUCUAUUAGAUGAACUUGUUUAUAUUGAAUGUGUUAUAGGAGAACUGCUGAGAUCUGCUCCAAUACUUCAUGGUAUAUUGAGAACACUGCAGCAAAACGAUGAAAUUGAUGGUGUUAAAUUGAAUAAAGGUGAUACGGUUCUUAUACCACUAUAA